UUCUAAUGGGUUCAACGGUGUUAUGGUCGUAGUAGAUCGACUUACGAAGUAUGACCAUUUCAUACCCAUCACCCAUCCUUACACAGCGAAGUCAAUUGCCAGACUAUUCGUCGAGUACGUGAUAAAGCUGCAUGGAGCUCUGCGAUCUAUAGUUUCUGACCGGGAUAGGAU